GGAUACUUCAUAUUUGACUAUCAAGUCAGUAUUUGUCAACGAUGAAUCCAGUGAAUUUUCAUUAGAAGAACGUAAGUCAUUGGGAUCCCCACUUAAGAUUGUCUUAAAGACUAAUGAACAGUUUAGUUUAAAGAUUAAUUUUCAAACUACUAAAGAUUGUACUGCAUUACAAUUUUUGAACAAAAAUGCCACUGAUGGUAAGGAGCAUCCAUAUCUUUUUUCCCAAUGUCAAGCUAUUCAUGCACGUAGUUUAUUCCCAUGUUUUGAUACUCCUGCUGUCAAGUCAACUUAUAGCUUUUCGGUUACUUCGCCGUAUCCAAGUUUGAUGAGUGGCCGUCCUACCAAGGUUGAAGGACAGACUUAUUAUUUCAAUCAGCCAAUUCCAAUUCCAUCAUAUUUGAUAUCAUUAGCAUCUGGAGAUAUAUCCAAGUCACCAAUUGGAAGCAGAUCCCAUGUUUACUGUGAACCAAUUAAGCUCAAUCAGUGUCAACAUGAGUUUGAACAAGAUAUGGAACCAUUCAUUCAAACUGCCGAGUCCAUAGUGUUCCUGUAUGAAUGGGACCAGUACGAUGUUUUAGUACUCCCAUCAAGUUUCCCCUAUGGAGGUAUGGAGAACCCAAAUAUAACAUUUGCAACCCCCACCUUAAUUAGUGGAGAUCGUGAAAAUGUCGACGUCUUAGCGCACGAGUUAGCCCAUUCCUGGCUGGGUAACUUAGUCACCAAUUGCUCAUGGGAACAUUUCUGGCUUAAUGAAGGAUGGACUGUUUACUUGGAAAGAUUAAUUCAGGGGAAAAUCCACGGCGAACCAACUAGACACUUCAGUGCUAUUAUUGGAUGGAGUGAUUUAGAAAACACCAUCAAGUCCAUGGGAGACUCGUUAGAGUAUUCCAAAUUGGUUCUUGAUUUAAAAGGAGUUGAUCCGGACGAUUCUUUCUCAACCGUACCAUACGAAAAAGGGUUCAACUUAUUAUUUCAUAUUGAAAAUGUCAUUGGUAAAGCCAAAUUCGAUAAAUUCAUACCAUAUUAUUUCAACAAGUUCAAAUACAAGUCUUUAGAUACUUAUCAAUUUUUAGAUACUUUAUAUGAAUUUUUCUCUAAUGAACACGAAACUUUGGAUAAGAUUGAUUGGGAUUCUUGGUUGUUUAAGCCGGGGAUGCCACCGGUGGAUCCUAAAUUCGAUACUACAUUAGUUGACCAAUGUUAUAAUUUAGCUGAUAGAUGGUUUAAAGCAGUGAAAACGGGGGAUCUCAGAGAGUUCAGCAGCAAAGAUAUCGAGUCCUUUUCAUCAAAUCAAUCGGUUGUGUUUUUAGAUACUCUUGAAUCAUUUAAUAAGAGGUCAGAUUUUAAAUGGAGUGACCACAAGAACAGUUUGAUUGAAAUGAGUAAGAUUUAUUCGUCUUACACUAACCUGACAAACUGUGAAGUUCUAUUCAGAUGGUUCAUCUUACAAGUAGAUGGCCAACACGAAGAAUUCUACAAAUUAUUGGGUGAAUGGUUAGGUACGGUUGGUAGAAUGAAAUUCGUAAGACCGGGGUACAUUCUCUUGAACAAGGUCCACCACCAAUUGGCAAUUGAAUACUUUAGCAAGUUUGAAAACAACUACCAUCCAAUUUGCAAGGCCAUGGUAAAGAAAGACUUGGGUUUAGAUUAGUGUAUAGUAUAUUUGAUGUCUGGGUGUUUUUUUUUUUUUUUUUUUUUCUUUACUUGUCUAUUUCGGAGUGGCUGUAAAUCGCGAAUAUAAAACCACGUCUGUUUCUUCUUUCCAACAACAACAAGUCUACUCUUUAUCUAAGAAUGGCCAUUUCACUUUCAUCAUUACCAGUAUGUAUAAUAGUGUGUUUGGGGAGCAGAGCAA